AUGGAGGGAAAAGACGACGAAGUGCUGUCGGAUGCUCCCCCGUCAGACGAUAUCCCAAAGACCGAAGAUCAAAAUUCAGACACCAAGGAUAACAAGGAGGAGAAAGACGCCGAAGUCGAUGGCCCGAAGAAAGAGGAAGAUACAUUGGCAAAGAAGAGUUUCCAACUAGAGAACAUGUUUGAUGAUGAUGAUGACGAUGACGAUGACGAGGAGUUCCCAGACUCAGAUGCUGUUCAAAUAGCAGACAAGCCCGCACCUUCACUAGCUCAAACCGACCCGGAGUUCAUGUCCGCCUUUUAUCAACGCCUGUUCCCAUUCAAGUACCUCUUUCAAUGGCUUAAUCACGGGGUGAAACCUUCGACGGACUUUGGCAAUCGAGAGUUUGCCUUUACACUUCCAAAUGAUGCCUAUCUGCGAUACCAAUCAUUUCAGACUGCAGAUGCCCUUCACAAAGACGUUAUGCGAUUAAAUCCUUCCCGUUUUGAAAUCGGUCCUGUUUAUAGUACAAACCCUCGAGAUCGCAAAACCCUACGGAAACCGGGCGCCUUCAAGCCUGUUUCGAAAGAGCUUGUCUUUGAUAUUGACUUGACUGAUUACGAUGAUAUAAGAACGUGUUGUAGUAAGGCCAAUAUAUGUCUCAAAUGCUGGGCGUUUGUCACAAUGUCCAUCAAAGUGAUCGACGCAGCUCUACGAGAAGAUUUUGGAUUUCAACAUAUUUUAUGGGUGUACUCUGGUCGAAGAGGAGCCCACGCAUGGGUCUGUGAUAAAAGUGCACGAAAUCUCCCAGACGACAGACGGAGAGCCAUCGCUGGAUACCUGGAAGUUGUCCGCGGAGGCAGUCAGAGCGGAAAACGUGUCAACCUGAGACGGCCGCUACAUCCGCAUAUUACUCGAAGCCUCAACACCCUGGGAGAAUAUUUCGCUUCUACCGUCCUCGUAGACCAGGACCCAUUCAGCAGGCCGGACCAAGCCGCCCGACUGAUCGAAUUGCUUCCUGACAAAACGCUAAGGGCAGCAUUACAGAAGAAAUGGGAUUCCGCGCCCGGGCGGUCGAGCAGCAGCAAAUGGGCUGACAUUGACACUGUUGCAAAAGCAAAUUCCCGUGGUCUCGAUACAAAAGCGCUACUAGAAGCAAAGCAAGACAUCGUUUUGGAAUAUACAUACCCUCGACUUGACGCUGAAGUCAGUAAGAAACUGAUCCAUUUGCUUAAGAGUCCGUUUGUUGUCCACCCAGGAACCGGAAGGGUAUGUGUACCAAUUGAUAUCAAAAAAGUGGACAAUUUCAAUCCUCUAGAUACACCCACUUUAUUCCAACUGUUAGACGAAAUCAAUUCUUGGAACCCAUCUCAGGCCAACCAGCAGGAUCAAAUGCCUGGAUCUGAUAGUGGCAGCGGUCAGGAUGAAACUGAUACUGCUGCCAAGCCGAGGAAAAUUCAGGAUUAUGAGAAAACCAGCCUGAAACCAUAUAUUGAUUAUUUCCGCUCGUUUGUUGCAAAGCUAAACAGUGACGAACGGCCGGCUAAGAGAGAACGAACAGAUGAUAACCCGAACGCCAUGGAGUUUUAA